GGUCUCUAGACGGUACAAGUCUUACAAAACUUUCCUCGAGAGUAGAAUUUAAAUGAAAUGUUUCCACUAUUUAGUGUGUGCUGCGAUUUCAACAGGACUCUGUAGAUUUAAUUCUUCGUUAAGUUUUGUGGGUAUACGUUAUCGCACAAAAUGCAGACGCUGCGGCUAAUACGGGAUGCAUAAUUUUCUAAAUAUAAUAGGUAACCUCAACUCGCGAUUUUCCUGAUUCUGUUUAUCAUUUAUGGAGUUAAAAGAGAGGAUUGGUUUGAUAAAGUGUGAUUUUGGUGUUGUGUCUCAUAAUGUUAGAGAUGUUUAACCUUAAUUUCCUCGAAGCAUUAGUUUUGGGUAAGUAAGUAGUUCCAAAGCUAGGGAAUAACCCAAUUAGAAGUUGUCUUUAAUAAAUCCAUUCACAAGAGUAGAAAAUUUUAAUUAACACAAAGCUAUGAGAAUAUUGAGAAUAGUGUGAAUAAUAUUCGCUUGUUUACUUACAAAGAUAAUAUUCGAAUCGUGUAUUUAAGAAGGCUGAAUAGCGAGCCGUUUUUUACAUUAAAAACAGAACGAAUACUCAGUCAGUAGUUCAAUAUAUUAUUGUCUAGUGCAUGAAUAUUCAUGAAGUUCUCCGUCCUUUCAGUUAAUACAUGAGCAAGCGUGAAUUAUAGUGAAUUUCGUUAAGCAUUUCCUUGAUACUAAAUAAUAAAACAGCAAAAACGUGCGCUAUCGAAAUCACCGAUGUAAGUAAUUUUAUUAGUAUGUACAAUAAGUCUCUACAUUAUCUUGACGUGAUAAAAUCGUAAUCGGAGUAACAACUACAUAUCAAUAAACACUUCACAAUUGAUAACACUAUAAUAACAACUUCAUAUAGUCUAGUAUGUGAUAAUGUUCGUUGGCAAAAUGAUGUGAAUUUUUUAUCACUUUUUCAUGCAACAGAUGUACGGUUACCUACUUACAAAUCGAGAAACUUGAUUAAGAAUCCUGCACAAGAGGAAAUUUCACAAACUGUGACCUGUAAUCGGAAAGAGCGCGUGUUUAGAAUUCUUUUCGAACGUUGCUGGCUGUUACAGUCUACUCUUCUCAGUUGGAGUAAUCAAUAAAUUUUGUGUUGCUUCUAUUCCACUCUAGAUGGCGAACAGAAUGCAAAAUACGAAAUUCGUUAUUUAAAUCGUCAAAUUUCAAUUUUGAAUUUUCACUUUCAACGGAAAUAUUUCCCUAAAUAAUUAAAUAAAUAAAUGUUUUAUUAUUAUUAAUCGUGGUCUGAAUCUUUAGCAUCAUCAUAAUUCAAAGGCAAAUUAUAAAUCAUAUUGUCGGCUCUUAUAGUGAGAAAUAAUGCAGAAACAAUGUUCCUGGGGAUAGUGAAUUGACAGAUCAUUAAUAACUUUAGGGCCAUAACUUUAACAUACAUGCUAGGGUGAUACAUCCACAUUGUUUCAAAAUUAAACAUAUAGAGUAAAAGUUCACUCAAAUGAAAAUCUGAUGAUUGGUUUAUUAAGAAUUUACCUUUCUCAUUAAUUUUAUGAUAGUUAUGAGAUAAGUGCGGAGUUACCCUGUUCCAAACUCACUGUCACGAUGAAUACUGAAGCUGGGGUUCCCGAUGGAGGAUGGGGGUGGGUAGUUGUUGCUGGAACUGCGAUAAUUAAUGUAGUUAAUCAAUCACUGUUGUCUAUGUUUGGUUUAAUUUUUGGUCCGAAAUUGGAAAUGAUGGCCGGAACGACUGGAGUUACAACUGUGAUGAGUCUGAACUGUACCAUCAGUAAUUUUUCCGGAUUUCUAAUAAGUCCUCUUUCUAAAUAUUUUAGUACAAAACAGAUAACUCAAAUUGGAGUAUUGCUAGUUUCAGCAGGAUUGGCCUUCUCAACAUAUACAAAAAGUUACAUGAGAAUAACAAUAGGAUAUGGCGUGCUAACAGGUUUAGGAUUAGGAUUAAUAGCCUCGUCGACGUUUCUAAUUAUCAAUUCUUAUUUUGAUAAAAAUAAAAGUCAAGCUGUUGGCUUGUCUAUGGCGGGAACAAGUAUAGGUCAAAUGGGAAUGCCUCCAAUAGUGGCUCUCCUUAUUCAACAUUACGGUUAUGAUGGCACAAUAUUAAUUUUAUCGGGUCUUAGCUUACACGGUUUGAUCGGAUCAUUGUUUUUUGAUCCUGUUAGUGAACACAUGUUGCCAAGGAGUAGACAGAGAACAAAAGGCUUCUUUUCACGAUUUCGCGACUGGUUUAGUUGUCGCAGAAACCAAAAGAAAGUAGUCAUAGAAAAUAAUUUUUCUCCCGAAAGGACUGAUCCUGAACUAACAAAUAAGUGUGCUAAUAAUAACAUUGAUAGAGAAGCUAAUUUAACUAAACUUGAAGCAGGAAACAAGGAAUCUGUGAUCUCUAAUGAAUGCACGAUUAAAAAUGAAACGAUUGCUGAUAUUAUCAAUAAAAGUCGCAAAGGUGAAGAUUUACAAACCGAGACUGACAAAUUUGAAUUUUCUGCAUCUGACAACGAAAACAACGACCGAGAAGAAGAGGAAAGGAUGUUACCUCCGGAAACGACUGCUUCACAAAAAGAAGAGAAAAUCAGUAAGGAUGAACCGCAAACUUGCUACCAAAAACUCGUCGAACUUUUUGAUCUUCACAUUUUACUAGAUCCAAUUUUUGUUCAUAUUAUGAUCGGCCUUUCUUUUGCCUAUACAACCAGUAUAUCGUUUAGUACGUUUUUUCCUCUAUUUUUGAGAGAAGAUCUUGACAUGACUAUCAUCGAUGUGUCUACUUGUAUGUCAGUACUAUCAUUUAUGGAUUUUAUAGGACGAGUUAUAGUUCCUUUAAUUACGAAACGAAUGGAAAUCACCCAUCGGAUGAUCUUUAUCAUAGGAUCAUUUCUUUUGGCUAUUUGUAGAUCUAUAUUGGCAAUACAGACAACAUAUAGCAUGCUAAUUUUACUCUCUGCUAUAUGUGGAUUAGCUAGAGCUGCCACAGUUAUUAACCAAAAUCUUGUCAUUGCCGAAUACUCUAAAGAGGGACAGAUUUCAUCAGCUGUGGGCCUUAAUAUGGUGUGCAAAGGAAUAUUUGUAUUAACUAUUGGUAGAAUGCUAGGCACUUACAAAGAUUCAGCUCACAAUUUUAGUAGUUGUAUUCAUAUUUUAAAUAUAAUUUCUGGUGGAGUGGUAGUUUCUUGGACACUCGAACUUCUUAUUCUAAAACUCUGUAAGAAGAAAAAUGCUACGUGAUUGCAGUAGUUUUUUUUUAGUUCCAUUCAGUAUUGUGGUUAUGCAUAGUACUUAAAACGUUGUUUGAAUCUGUACAUGUAUGCUGUUAUUAAAGAUUUAUUUACAAAUA